AUGCAGUCGGCAACAACGUUACGUGUUAGUUACGAUUCCAAUGAAAUCGAUAAUUCCUAUGCCGUCGCGGGAGCAGCAGCUGCUGAAGAUGAUGCGGAUGCGGAUGUGGAUGUGGCUGUGAAUGUGGAUGUGACUGUGGAUGCUGAUGACGUUGAGACAGUCGCCGAUGAUUACGUCAUUGCGUUGGGUCAGUCACGAAACACAACGAACGAGAAAAUUGACAGAGCAGCAGCAACAACAACAACACUCUCGACAACAACAGAAAAUGGAAAGCAACUAAUGAAUGCAAGAAAACCACAAGAUUUAUUAUCCUUAUCGCAGCUGAGUUCAUACCAAACACUGAAGAACGCAUCAAGUCUGAAUAAAAACUCCAAUUCGAAUUCCAACUCGAUUGGAGGCGCCUCAUCUGGUGGCAACUUCCAGCAAAUUGGCUCGCAACGCGUCAAUGGCAAUGUCUCGCCCACAUCUGCGUCUUCAGCUCACAAUCUUGGCCCAAACAGUCAACAAGUUGCGGCUAACGGCAGUUUGAUAACAGCACCCACCUUAUCAACAUCAAGCAAUGCAAGAAACUCGGCCAAAAAGGUGGAGAGCAAAUUUAUACUGCCAAAGCAGCAGAAAACCGAUGCUCCCAUGUUGAACUAUAUCUUCGAUACGUUCUCAGCGGCUAACAAACAUCAUCAUCAUGAUCAGAGAUAUGGGCCACACUUUGAGGACGUGCAACGCGUGGGACAACCAACAAAUAUGACUGUUCAAGCGGGUAGCAGCAUUCAUUUAAAUUGCAGAAUUUCAUUGCUGCAAGAUAAGACUGUCUCUUGGGUGCGUCGUAGUGCGCAAAAUGAGGAGAAUGCGCUGGACCUGCUCACAGUAGGCCUUCACGCUUAUACGGGUGAUAAGCGUUAUAAGAUGGAGUUUCAGUAUCCCAACAAUUGGCGACUGAAAAUUAUAAAUGUUAAAAAGGAUGAUGAGGCGACAUACGAAUGCCAAAUCUCAACGCAUCCGCCCCGCGUUUUACAAAUUAAUUUGCAUGUGAAUGCUCCCAAAGUGAUGAUUGUGGAUGAGUAUGGAGAUCCACUGCAGGAAAAGUACUAUGAGAUUGACUCAACUCUACAAUUGUCCUGUGUGGUGAGAAAUGUGGCCAUGAGUAGCUCGGUGGUGUACUGGAAGCAUAGUGAAAAUGUACUCAACUAUGAUGUCACACGUGGUGGAGUUAGUGUUAAAACCGAACUGAUGGAGGAUGGCGCCAAUUCGACUUUGUCUAUUGCGAAAAUCCACAAGGCUGAUUCUGGGAAUUAUACGUGCUCUAUUAGCGAGUUCCAAAACUUUACAAUUGUGGUGCACAUACUGAAUGGCGAAAGCUUUGCUGAGCUGCAUCAUGGUGGGGCAGAAACUGUUGCACAUGCCACAUGGCAGUAUAUAAUGGGAUUGUAUCUAUUCCUCUUUUUGCUACGAUGGAUGCGAUGCAGUUGUAGGUAAAGAUUAAACAACUGAGCACAAGACGCCUAACUUUAACUAAGUUACUUAUAUAAAUAAAUUAUGAUAAACAUUUAUAUAUACAAAAAAAAAAUGAUAUAUUAAUGGUACGAGCAUAGACAUUAACUGUUUUCCUGGUAUCAAGUAGUCUUCUUGUGUACAUUUUUGUUAAUUAAUUGUAAAGAUUUUUGGCUAAAAAACACUACGAAUAAUCGUAGCAACAACA